AUGUGCGCACGACAUACAAAUCCAAAUCCUUUAGAGUUCUUUAACCCAGCCAUGGAAUCUGCUACCACCUUCAUGUUUAUGCUAUUUUGCGUCAUACCUCUCUUCAUCAAACUCCUCAAACACAAUGAUUCAACCAAGAAAUCAAAGAAGCCUAAGCUCCCACCAGGUCCCAAACCAUGGCCUAUCGUUGGUAACCUCCCUCAAAUGCUUGCUAACAAACCCACAUUCAGAUGGAUACAGAAAAUCAUGAAUGAUCUUGACACCGAAAUCGCAUGCAUCCGUCUAGGUAACAUUCAUGUCAUCCCAGUAACUAGUCCUUCCAUUGCACGUGAGAUUUUAACGAAGCAGGAUGCGAUUUUCGCAUCCCGGCCGUUGAAUUGGUCCAGUGAGCAUGCCUCGCUGGGCUACCUAACAACGGCCAUAACACCGUUCGGAGAGCAAUGGAAGAAGAUGAAGAGAGUAAUCACCAAUGAAUUGGUGUCUCCUCUACGACUUCAAUGGUUACAUGAGAAAAGGGCGGAAGAAGCCGACAACCUUGUUCGGUAUGUGUACAAUCAAUGCAAGAAUGGCAAUGCCCAAGUGGAUAUAAGGUUUGCAGGGAAACACUAUGGUGGAAACUUGAUUAGGAGGUUGUUCUUCAAUAAGAGGUACUUUGGUAAUGGUAGAGAAGAUGGAGGACCAGGUGCUGAGGAAGUGGAACAUGUUGAAGCCUUGUUGAAUGUGCUAAAUUACCUUUUUUCAUUUUCUAUUUCUGAUUAUGUUCCAUUGUUGAGGGAGUUUGACUUGGAUGGUCAAAAAGAAGCAAUGAAGAAGGCUAUUAAUACCCUAAGGAAGUACCAUGAUCCCAUCAUUGAAGAAAGGAUUCAUCAAUGGAGGAAUGGGACAAGGACACGCCAAGAGGAUUGGCUUGAUGUUCUUGUCUCCUUGAAAGAUGCUAGCAGCAAUCCAUUCUUGACUGUGGACGAAAUCAAAAGUCAACUUAUGGAGGUUAUGAUGGCAACAAUUGAUAAUCCAUACAAUAAUGUUGAGUGGGUACUUUCUGAAAUGCUAAAUCAACCUAAGCUACUCCAAAUUGCCAUUGAAGAAUUGGACAGUGUAGUAGGAAAAGAAAGGUUAGUACAAGAAUCAGAUAUUUCAAAACUCAACUAUGUGAAGGCAUGUUUAAGAGAAGGUUUUCGCCUUCACCCAAUUGUUGACUUUAAUAUUCCUCAUGUCUCAAUGAAAGACACAUUUGUAGCCAAUUACUUCAUCCCAAAGGGUAGUUAUGUUCUUAUUAGGAGACAAGGUAUUGGCCAAAAUCCAAGAGUUUGGAAAGAACCUUCGAAGUUCAAACCAGAAAGACAUUUGAAGAAAGAUGGGUCUAAUUUGACUUUGAUUGAGCCGAAUUUGGAGUUGAUAACUUUCAGCACUGGAAGACGAAGUUGCCCUGGAAUUACACUUGGGUCUACAAUGACUAUUAUGCUCUUUGCAAGGUUGGUUCAUGGAUUCAGUUGGAUUGUACCUCCCAAUGAACCAAUCAUUGAUCUUUCUGAGCUUGAAAGUGACACUACAAAAGCUAAGCCACUGGUGCUACUAGGAAAGCCAAGGUUACCUGUAGAGGUUUAUCAAUAA